GACGUAUGUCCAGUGGAGUAUCGUGGCAAUAGGCCUCGUGGUCGUGAUUCUCACUGGGAUGGAGCGAUGGGAGAUGCUUCGUGCAAGAGCUCUCCUGGAUGACUAUCUCGAAAUACGGCCCGACGUGAGUGCGGUGGAGCUUCAAGACUUCGACAUCAGUUGGUUCACGAAGCUGCACACCGUGAUCUACUGGGCCUCCAAGGCUGAUGGCGACUUGGUGAUCCUCAUCUCGCUCUUCCACAUCCUCCUGCUCUUCCAGUUCCUGGUCGCCUCGAAAGGGCAGCCGCGCCUGGCCCUGCUCGCGAACACCCUAGAGAUGGCUUUCCAAGACAUUCUGCACUUGUUCGUCGUGUUUCUCUUCAUCUUCUCCGCCUUCGUCAUUGCCGGGCACAUCCUUUUCGGCUCGAAGCUGAGGGACUUCUCGACGGUCAAGGGCGCUUUCGCGAAGUCUCUGGAACAGGUCGUGUCUUUCAAGACGGACUGGGACGUGAUCACGGAGCAGGACUGGUGGACGGCGGCUAUUUGGAUCUGGUGCAUGAUCAUUGUCGUCAGUCUGGUCGUCAUCAACAUCGUCCUCGCAGUCAUCUUCGACUGUUACGGAAAGAUCCGCGCGGGCAUUACCGACCAGGACACACUUUGGACAACCAUCCGGCGACAUUUUGCCGCGUUGCGGAACAUGUCAAAGUGGUAUUCGUCCUUUGAUCUCCUCACCGGAAUCCAGAACACCAAGCUGGAAGUCAUCACCAAGCAAGGAUUCCGAGAGAUCUUCCGGGGCAUCACCGACGAGCAGGUCGAGCAGAUCUUUGACCUUGCCGAGCUUCGGGCUGUGAAUGACACCAUCCGUGGUCAACCCACACUUCUCGGGGAAGCCAUCGCAAGCAUCCUGUUGGGCGUGGACGACAUGCGCGAUGGCAUUCGCACCAUCCAGGACAAGCAGUUUAAGAGCUACAAGGAAGCGAAGAUCUGGAUGGAGGAGCUGGAGGAACCUUUGCACGCUCCAGACACACUAUGGGACCUCGGUCCGGCGACGUACAUCGUGACCUGCCCCUACGGCUGCGACGUCCGCGCGAAGCCCGAUGUCAACUCUGAGCUCAUCACGAGGCUCGCGAAGGGGGACAAAGUCGAGGUGGUGCGCACGCAGGACUACAUCGCAGGCGACGGACUCCGGCGCUUGAUGGGCGAGAUGCAGGACAACGCAGGCUACCUGCCGCUCUUCGAUCCAGACACAGGCUAUGUCUGGGCAGAGACGUGGGAG